AUGUCGGCUGAAGAGGCAAAUGCCAGCAUUGAUAGGGAAAUCCGUGCAAUCGUCUUUGAAGAAUUUUCACCUUUCAUUGUAGAGAAUAUUAACAAGAACAACUUAGAAGAAAUAUAUAAAGACUAUUCCGACCCAAAAUUGUUAAAAUUAUGUAACAACUUUGAUUUUUCUGAAUUUUUUAAGCUAUCUAACGAACAAGUUGAUGCAAAUAUUGAAACAAUAAAAAUUUUUAAGGUUACUUUGGAGGAGGUGUUUUCUACUGUGCUUUCUAUUAUCAAUAUUCAGCAAUGGCUUAGCGUUGAAGCCCGUGAGAGAGGGCCGUUCCCAACUAUUAAAAAGGAUGAAAGAGCAAGUGUAAAAAGCUUCGUUACGAAUUAUUUGCCGGAUGUAAACUAUGAAAAUAACUAUAACUCUUGGAAGUUAUUUCUCAAGAGAGAUUCUCCUGCUGGUAGGAAAGUUUGCGAGAUGUUUAAGCUUUCAUUUUUAAAGUCCUUAUUGCUCACAAAUAUUGGGAUAAUCCUUAAUGAUAUUGAAACAUCAGGAAUAUUCACUAAAUUUGCGUUAAAAAGCAACUUAAGUAAGGCUUUAUGUAUGAAAUUUAUUAUUAAAUUGUGCACAAUUUGUGGCAUUACAUCGAAAGAAUCUAUUGAUCACUUAAAAAGACAAGCAUGGGAUCAUUUGAGGUAUAUUUCUGAUGAUGAAACUCUUCAAUCGAGUUUAUUAUCUGAAACUGGAUUAGGUUUUCUUCACAGAGAUAGUGGUAGUGCGAAGGAAGAAGCAUUGGGUAUUAUUUCCUUCGAAUGUAUUACCAAUGAUAGAGAGCCAGAGCAUCUUGUCAAACUCAUUGCGUUAAAAAAUGUAUUUGCAAGGCAAUUACCAAAAAUGCCAAGAGAAUAUAUAGUAAGACUAAUUUUUGAUAGAAAUCAUUAUUCUUUUUGUCUGCUGAAAAAAGGAAAAGUAAUUGGUGGAGUAUGUUUCCGCCCAUACUUUGAACAAGGAUUUGCUGAAAUUGCGUUCUUAGCUGUAACUAGUACUGAGCAAGUUAAAGGUUACGGUACAAGAUUAAUGAAUCAUUUGAAACAGCAUGUCAAGAAAAGCAAAAUAGAAUAUUUUUUAACAUAUGCGGAUAACUUUGCAACUGGUUACUUUAGAAAACAAGGCUUUAGAAAGGAAGUUAGUAUGCCAAAAGAAAGAUGGUUUGGAUAUAUUAAAGAUUACGAUGGAGGUACAUUAAUGGAAUGUUAUAUAAACCCAGAGAUAAACUACUUGAGACUAUCUGAUCUUUUUCAUGAGCAAAAAUCUGCGUUACUAAGGGCUAUUAAUGCAAUCAGGCCUCUAAAAAUCUAUCCUGGUAUCAAUUUAUGGGAUAAUGAAAACGAGAAUACAGCAAAUGAAGAUUUAAACAUUGAGCCAACAAAAGAUUCAGAUAAUGUUGAGUCAACUAAAUCUGAAGUAAUGAAUGACGGUGAAACGGGCAAUAACUAUCAAAAUAAUCUACGUUCUGAAGACUUUACUCCUAUUAUGGAUUCUGAACAUGAAAAAAACUUAGCUGUAAAUACAAAAAAAAUUAAACCUAGUGAUAUACCUGGUGUUUUAGAAGUUGGUUGGGUAGAGCAGAAAAUUGAUCCUGUUGAACAGACUAAGGUUGAUCUUUCUAUGAAUGAUCAAAUUUGGCAAUUACUUGAUACUUUAUCGAGGCAUGAGAACGCAUGGCCAUUUAGAAAGCCAGUAAGCGUGGGGGAAGCAUCAGACUACUACGAAAUUAUUAAAGAACCUACGGACAUUCAGACUAUGAAACGCAAAGCUAAAAACAAAGAAUAUAAAACAUUAGCUGAUUUUAGUAGUGAACUUAAACGUAUGUUCGACAACUGCAGAUUUUACAAUGCAAAGAAUACAAUAUAUACAAAAUAUGCAAAUCAGUUGGAGGCAUUUAUUUGGCCAAUGUUACAAACGAUACAAGAAUCAUAA